AGCAGAGGCUGCCUUUACUCGGCAAGGCUUUAUAGGAGGUGAACGUGCAAGGAAGUGGGCGUGGUUCGAGAGGGCGGGACCUCCGAUGUGGUGGUUGGGAACAGUUGAGUUUGGGCGCGAAGAUAAUAUUCUGACCUUAGCAAUCUAGAUACAAUGAAGGUGAAAAUCAAGAGCUGGCAUGGAGUUGCCUCCUGGCUAUGGGUUGCUAAUGAUGAGAACUGUGGCAUUUGUCGAAUGGCUUUUAACGGAUGCUGCCCAGACUGUAAAGUGCCUGGAGAUGAUUGUCCUCUUGUGUGGGGACAGUGUUCACACUGUUUCCACAUGCACUGCAUACUGAAGUGGCUUAAUUCUCAACAAGUUCAACAGCACUGUCCAAUGUGCCGACAGGAGUGGAAGUUCAAAGAGUGACCAUGGCAAGAUUUAUCUCCCUCUUCUCCACCAGCUUGCUUUGGAACUAAUGAACUCAUAAAGCUUUUUGAGAUUUCAUCAUCUUCCAUCCCCUGAAUAUUAUACAUACCUUCUGAGUUCCCAGAAUUGCUAGUAUCAAGGUAGAAUCAAGGGAAAGAAAACUGUUAUUGAAUAUUACUAUGUUUUUUCAGUACCAUUAUCUUAUAUACAGGUGUCCCAAUGUAUGGUACAGUACCAGCUGAGCUUUCAAAGUCUAUAAAAUGUGAACAAAGUGAUGGCUAUGUUGGUAUGAAGGCUACAAGCAAAUAAAGCUCCAGUUUUAGUAGUUGACUGAAAUGUAAUAAGUUUAAUUCGUGCAAGAUAUGUGUCUCAGCUGUAUUAGUGACUAAGAGUAUUGUUUUAAAUACUGUUAAAUGUAUAUUUUCAACUGCAACACAGAACAACUAAAUCUCACUUUUCUUGUGAUGUGUACUGAUGCUUUAUUUCAGUGUACAAAUAAAAAUCCUUGGUUUCUUGA